AUGAGCAGCAGCAGCAACGAGAAAACGAAGAGGAUUCUUUCGAUUGGCGAACUGGAAGCGGCAGCUCUGCCAAUGGCCCCGAAAAUGGCCAGAGAUUACUGGCUGUCGGGAGCUAAUGAAAUGCAGACAGUUCGUGAUAACCGGUCGGCGUUUGAUAACUAUCGGAUCCGGGCUCGAGCUCUGAGAGAUGUGUCUCGAAUCAACAACCGGCCACAACAGCUGUUUGGCAAGACAUUUGAAAUUCCAGUUGGCAUUGCUCCGACUGGAUUCCAGAAACUGGCUCAUGAAGAAGGUGAGCUCGCUACAGCCCGAGCAGCUCAAGCGAAAAACUGGCCCAUGGGUCUUAGUAGCUAUUCCAACACUCCAUUGGACGAGGUCAAGAAAGCCGGAGGUGAUUCGGUGGUGUUUCUACAGUUGUAUGUGUUUAAAAAUAGAGACACUACAGAAAAACUGGUUCGAUGGGCUGAACAGACUGGGUAUAAAGCACUUCUUUUGACAGUGGAUACUCCGGUGAUUGGCCGACGAUUCUCGGAUGUUCAUAACGACUUCAAACUUCCUUCACACCUGGUUCUCGGCAAUUUCCCAGAAUCAUCCGGAUCUGGGCCGGUGGAUGUGGGUGUAGAACCGGAAUCUCUAUCGCGAAGGGGGUUUGCUGACGAUUCUACUGGAGAAUCUCAAGCUGGUAAAGCCAAUGUUUUAGAUCCCUCGCUGACUUGGGAAGAGACUAUUCCAUGGCUAAGAUCCAUCACUAAAAUGGAGAUCUGGGUAAAAGGAAUCGUUACCAGCGAAGAUGCACAACUGGCUCUGGAUGCUGGAGUCGACGGUGUGUGGGUGUCUAAUCACGGAGGUCGUCAAUUAGACUCUGCCGUCGCUACACUUGAUUCACUGCCUGAGGUUGUUGAGACAAUCAAGGGCCGAAUCCCUGUUCACGUUGAUGGAGGAGUUCGCAGCGGAGCUGACGUUUUUAAAGCACUGGCUCUUGGAGCAGACUUUGUGUGGCUCGGCAGACCAGUGCUGUUCGGUCUCCAGUACAACGGCCAGGCAGGCGUCGAGCUCCUCAUCGAUAUCAUCGAAGAAGACCUCGGCUACGUCAUGGCCCUGUCUGGAAACACCGACAUCUCGAAACUAUCUACGAAAACAGGUGCACCUGCGGCUGCUGAGGGAGAAGGAGCUGAAGCAGGAGCUCCAGCAGGGGCAGCAGCACCUCCUGGAGUUGAUGGGGAAGGAGCAGGAGCACCAGCAGGGGCACCAGCAGCACUUGGAGAAGGAGCAGGAGCUCCAGCAGCAGGAGCACUAGGAGCAGGAGCAGCAGCUGGGGCACUAGGAGCAGGAGCAGGAGCAGGAGCAGGAGCAGGAGCAGGAGCAGGAGCAGGAGCACCAGCAGCAGGGGCACUUGGAGCAGGAGCUGGGGCACCAGCAGCGGCACUUGGAGCGGGAGCAGGAUCUUGA